GUACGGAAGCGACUGUAGUGGCUUUUCCCGAUCAGAGCAUUGCAACUGUUCUAGCUAGUUCUGCGUAAACAGUGUUUUUUACGCACAACCGAGGUGGCGUGCGUCAUUUAUUUUUGUAUGGUUAAAACUCUGCAGUGACUGGUUUAUUUGCUGGACAUUACACGUUAACUGAGGGGAACCUUGAAGCUGCUGGUGUCCCACUCCUCUCUUCGUCGAGAUGUCAGCUUUCUCUGAAGUGGCUCUAGAAAAGAAACUGUCCGAGCUCAGCAACUCUCAACAAAGUGUUCAAACGCUGUCGCUGUGGCUCAUUCAUCAUAGAAAACACUCGAAGACCAUUGUCAACGUGUGGUUCAGCGAACUGAAGAAAGCUCAGGUAUCACGCAAGUUGACCUUCCUUUACUUGGCCAAUGACGUCAUUCAGAACAGCAAGAAAAAAGGACCAGAGUUUACCCAAGACUUUGCACCGAUCAUCGUCGAUGCAUUCAAACAUGUAUACAGAGAGGGCGAGGACGGCUUUAAGAAGCAGCUGGGUCGGGUUUUGUCCAUCUGGCAGGAGAGAGCUGUGUACGAAAACAACCUGCUGAAUCAGCUGUCACAAGUCCUAUAUGGAGAAAAGAAGGCUAAGAAGAGGACUUAUGAGGAAAUCCGACCAGACGAGGACUUCGCCUCACAGAGUUCCCCUACUGAACCCCCACAGACAGCAGAGUUAAUCCGAGCUCUGCAGGAGCUGGAAAACGCAGCCUCUGGUGACUCAGUGCUCCGUCAGCGAAUCUCCUCCCUUCCUGCCGAGGUGCAGGACACAUCACUGCUUCACAGGAUCACAGAUAAAGAAUCGGGGGAGCGGCUUUCCCGGCUGGUGGAGGAGGCCUGCAUGCUGUUGGCAGACUACAGUGGUCGCUUGGCAGCAGAAAUAGACGAUAGGAGGCAGCUCACACGUACACUCACCGUCUUCCUACAAAGCCAGAAGGACGGCUUGGCCCAGAAUGAGCAGAAACUUGAAGAGUACAAACGCAAACUGGUGAGAGUAACCCAGGUCCGAAAGGAGCUGCGUGCCCGACUUAACAAUCUCCCGGGAGGAAUCUACAAUUCUUCCGAUUUCACCUCCUGAGCUCACGUCUGACCUCCGUCUUGCUGAAACAUCUCGACCCGUUACUCAGAUAUUGGAUGAGAGACUUUGCCAUAGCCCUCUGUUUAUGAAAGUGUAUGUGUGUUCCUCUGUAUGGUGACCUGUGGUUCUUAUUCUGUCUCAACUUAUUUAUCAACAUGUUUUUCGUUAAUAGGAAUGUAUUUCUUUUGAGUUUGUGAACUCAUCUCUUAGUGCUGUGUGUUAUCAGUACACUACAUGAACAAAUAUUGUCCAUCACACACACACACACACACACACACACCUGCCGUGCUUUGGCCCCUUGCUCAUUUAACUCUUACAGCUUUAAACUGUCAUGGAUGAUGCUGGUGUGAUAUUUUUGAGAGAUUUAGACUUUUGAAGAUACUGCAACGGAGUUUACGCUUAUCAUUAGUUAUAAAUCUUCAGUAUUUUUGAUUGCUGUCAAAACUGUUCUAUUUUGACCCUUUGUAGUUAUUGGUUCUAGAGUUUUGGAGCAGUUUUUCAUUCUGGGAUCUCUUUCUUUUUGUUAUGUUGUGCGAUAUGAUCUCCAAAGAGUAUUGUGUACUUUGUGACAUUAUUAGGAAACCACAUUCUGAAGCUGAAACCUAUGUAAUAAUAAUUUACAUAAAGCCUCUUUGUGAGAGGGCUGUAUAAAUCAUUGUUAAGUGUACAUAUUAAAAAUUGCAUGUAAAUAUGAUGGAGUUAUACCUUAAAGUGCUCAUGGUUUAUAUCCAUGUGAACAUGGUUCAGACAAAGUACAGAUUUAUCUCUGUGUAAUGUCACAGUUGCCCGUUCGUACACAACAAUGACACAAUGACUGAACGAGUCUGUUGUCUCGUUUACUUGUUAAAUAUUCUACUUCACAGUUUUAUCCUCAAGUCGACGUACUGCUGCCGUGCUGAAGCCUCUCACAGUUUAAUAAGUGCCGCAGUUUACUAUAAAGCAGCUGUUUGUUUUUAUAGCUUUGGAGAAAAUUAUUCCUAGAAGCAAAUAGACAAAAUAAAUAAUAAACAAAUCUAUGCAGUCCUGUC